AUGAAGAGGGUCCGGAGCACAGCAUCGGCUCAACGUGAUAGAGCCUUUUCACGCCAGCACGGCCUGUCGUGCAGAUUCUGUCGGAGCAAAAAGCUCAAGUGUGACCGGCUGGCCCCAUGCUCAAACUGCACCUCGAGACAAAUCCCCUGCGUUUCGGCCGUCGAAGGGAUUAUUUGGUCUCAGCCAUCACAGGCCACCACCUUGUCCGAGUCUCCGGCGAAUGACACCGUCGGCGGUUCCACGACCGCCGAGGGCGAGAACGAGACUAGUAACCUGUUGCAACGCCUGAAGCAGCUCGAAGAUGCUGUAUUCUCGAGGAAAACUCCAAUGUCAUCGUCGGCGCCAAUCCAGCAAGCUGACCACCACGACUUUCGGUCUGAAACCAUUGAGCGUGAUCACGGAAUCGCUCGACAACCUCCGAGCGAGCCGGAGAACACAGGAACGGACGUGAAUGCAUAUAUCCUGGUCGGAACGCCAUCGUCUUCCCACAGGCCGCCAGCAGUGUCGGAGCUUGUCGACAUUCUGCCCAGCUUUUUCGAUGCCCGAGCGCUAUUUGCCUUCUAUGUGGAGAAUCUGAAUUGGUAUCUCCCCAUCAUUCACGUUCCAACAACGUGGUGUGAGUUCGAGAAAUUGUACAAAUGUCUGCAAGAUGGCACCCCACCAGAUUGGCCGCAGAUAUCGCUUUUGGUGGCCAUCUUAUCGGUCGCCGUGUACUUUUGGCAGGAUGGGACCACGGGCAAUGCACCAUGCCCGGUCAAAGAUCCCAAGGCCUGCUGCAGAAGCUGGAUGAUAUUGGUUCAACGCGCUCUCGCCGAAGCCAACCAUCUUAUCUGUCCUCUGCUGGAAACGCUCCAGGCAAAAGUCCUCCUUACGCUAUUCCUCCCAACCUAUCCCCAAAACACGGGCCGUAGAGGUCAAGUAGCACUUUUGAUCACCGAGGCUCAAAUACUACAGCUCGACCGGGUAGAUUCGCCUCGUCAGCGCAAAACCCGAGAAAACCCCCCAACUCUGGAGUCUAUGGUAAGAUUGGAAAUUCAGCGUCGGGUCUGGUGGGUGAUCGUAAUGUCUGACUGGAUGUACUCUUUCGUCAACUGGGGUCAACCUGGGACGUACUUGGUUCAUCCCGACCACAUGAACGUGAGGUUUCCCAGCAACGUCGAGGACGACAACAUUCGUCCGGGCUAUAACUGCAACCAGCCACUAUCUGGUCCGGUAACGGUGAUGACUUUUCUGAUUGCCAGGCUUCUCAUUGCCAACAUCAUUCAAAAAUUAACCGACGCUAUGAAUAAGGCAGAGCUGGGCGACGUGGAGCUCGACUAUAGUACUGUCAUGAUUUUUGACAAGAAGAUCAAUGAUACGUACAACGCUCUUCCAGCAUAUCUCCACUAUGAGACGGAUCCAGAAGCCCUGAAAAACUUGUUUGAAGAACGGCCGUACCUCGACCGACAACGGAAGCUCCUCCUGUUUGGGUUGCACAAUUCCCUUGCCUUACUGCACCGGCGAUAUCUCGCUCGAUCUUACCAAGAUCAGCGGUACAUUUACAGCCGGAUAACAUGCCUGCGAUCCACGCGCAUCGUGCUAGAGAUGCAAGAAGCUGUGCGGGGUUCUCUCUUGGGCCGGGCAUGGCUGGUUGUGUUUCACGUUUUCAUCGCGACCACCACGUUGACCAUGGACUAUGUCUACAACCGCCGUGACCCAAGGCAAGCAGCAGAAAGGAAAGCAGAAAUAUUGAAAUGCUACCGUAUCCUGGAGCAGUGUGGGCAGCAGGAUCCAGAGGUAAAACAAGGCAUGGAGUCACUCAAGCGGACGAUGCAAGGGUGGAAAAGUCGCACCGACACGCGCCCGCCGAACAUCAGUGCUCACCGAUCCACGUCGGGGGAGGUCUCGACGGCCGAAAUGGAGAAUUGGUCGGCAUCUCGCUCGAGCGAGCUUUUUCUCCAGUCACAGCCACAGCAGCAAAUGAUUCCGCAGCCUCCCCCCGAUCUGCCCGGAGCUGCAAGGCUUCCGUGGUGGUCAAGAGAUGCGGUGCCUGCACUGGCCAUGCAGCACAUGGCUCAACAAGUGGCAUCCGAAAGCCUGGCCCGGCCAGUGGAAGAUCAUACGGACUGGCCCAAUUGUCGCAAUCUGCCUUUUGACUUCCCACACAUGACCACGGGGAACGAAACGGACGGGUUGAGCAUGGUGCCACCUGAGCCCACCGCGACCACCGCACAAUGGAUGCAACCCAGUAGCCCGGAUCUGUGGCUUCCGUGCCUCGAUCCAGAUGGGACUGGCACUGCAGAUUUUCCUUGGGAGGACAUGUUCCGUGAUUUUGGUGUCCAGCAGUCCCGGGCGGGCUUCUAG